GUUUCUUCCAUUUCCGUUCUAAGUUUCCACAUUUGAAAGAAAUGUCCGGUGUAGAAUGGACCUCUAUAUUGCACCAAAAAUACAGCGAUUAUUUAAUCAGCUGUAUUCUUCUUUUUAUAAUCGAUCGGAAAUGUGUGACUCUCUGUACACUGUUAGCCAGGGCGCGGUUCCCCCCCUCAGUCAAGAAAUCCGGCCUCUUUUGGCAAAUAGUAGCUAGCGGCCUAAAAGUUCAGUCACUUAGCUUGUUAGCUAAAUUUAUAAAUUGGCAUACAACACAAUCGUGGGGGCUGUGCAAUCUGUGUGUAUGGUUAAAUACUGUAUACCGAAUACAUUCAUGUGUAUUUUAGCUAGUAAAUAAUCGGUAGGCCUAAUAGAACACCAAGAAGCCUCGGUGUUGCGUAGGACGCUAUUCGCGCGCCUAAUAUUCCAUGAACCCGAACGUAGGAAUGAUCCCAAAUAUUACCCAGGCUCAGACUGGUGUUAGCAAUGUCGAAAGGCGAGACGGAGGAGCUGAUAGAGAUAGAGAUCGAUGGGCAGGAGAAGCAGGAGUGUAUGGAAGAGGGGGUGGAGGAGCAGACCAUCGCAACUGCUGAGUUUGUCACACAGGCUAUUGACAUCAAUGAGCCUAUCGGUAACCUGAAGAAGCUGCUGGAGCCUCGCCUCCAGUGCUCAUUGGAUGGUCAUGAGAUCUGUCUGCAGGACAUUCAGCUGGACCCCGACCACAGCCUCUUUGACCAGGGAGUGAAGACGGACGGCACGGUCCAGCUCAGCGUUCAGGUCAUCUCCAGACAAGGUAUCACAUGCGCGGACUCUCUCGCUCCAGGUGUGGAGCCCAGGCUGAACAUCCUGGAGAUCGUGAAGCCGGUGGAGACGGUGGAGGUGGUGAUCGACCCGGACGCGGCGGCCGGCGAGGACGGCCAGCUGGUGGAGGACGGGCAGGUGAUCGCCCUGGACCGCUCGGUGGUGGCGGACGAGACGUCGGAGCAGGUGACGCGGUGGGCCGCCGCCCUGGAGGGCUACCGCAAGGAGCAGGUUCGGCUGGGCAUCCCGUACGACCCCGUGCAGUGGAGCGCGGAUCAGGUGAUACACUGGGCGGUGUGGGUGAUGAAGGAGUUCAGCAUGGUGGACGUGGACGUCGGGGGGAUCCACAUCUCCGGCCGAGAGCUCUGCGCUUUCACCCAGGAGGAUUUCCUGCAGAGCGUCCCGCACGGAGAGAUCCUGUGGAGCCACCUGGAGCUCCUGCGCAAGUAUGUGCUGGCUAGUCAGGACCAGUCUGGCCAGAUCGCCACGGUGACCAUUGACCAGCCUGUGCAGAUCAUCCCUGCCUCUGUGCAGCAGGCUCCUCCUGCCACAAUUAAGGUUCUGACCACCAAGCAGAGCAAAGUCCAGCGCUCACCACGCAUCUCUGGAGGAGAGGACCGCAGCUCACCGGGGAACCGCACCGGCAACAACGGUCAGAUCCAGCUCUGGCAGUUCCUGCUGGAGCUGCUGACGGACAAAGACGCCCGUGACUGCAUUUCCUGGGUGGGGGACGACGGCGAGUUCAAACUGAACCAGCCCGAGCUGGUGGCGCACAAGUGGGGCCAGCGCAAGAACAAGCCCACCAUGAACUACGAGAAGCUGAGCCGCGCGCUACGAUACUAUUAUGACGGGGACAUGAUCUGCAAAGUGCAGGGCAAGCGCUUUGUGUACAAGUUUGUGUGCGAUCUGAAGACCCUGAUUGGCUACAGUGCCGCAGAGCUCAACCACCUGGUGACAGAGUGCGAGCAGAAGAAGCUGGCCAGGAUGCAGCUGCACAGCCUGGGACAGCCCGUCGCCACGGUGACGCUCGCCACCACCGCCCUGGAGAAGGACAGCUGAGGCGAAGGAGGGGCAGGGCAAAGGGUGGGCGGGGGGUGGGUGCGGGGGGGGCGUGGCUAAACCGCAAGAACAACCAGCCAGCUCGCUGUCUGCACACGGCACACGCUGGUCUUCGAUUGGCCCGGGUGCCGUGAUGCGUCGGGGCCAAUCGCGCGACUGCCUGCCGUGUGCAGAGAGGAAACUGGAAGCCCAUGAUGAGGGAGGGAUAUUUGGGGAGGGUGCAGGUAUGGGUGGGAGGAGAUGAGUAUUGAGUGCUCUGUGUGUGUGUGUCGUGUGCCUGUUUGGCUGUACGUGUGAGAAACGCACCACCAUCGCAUCAGUGGAACCGUACCGCUGUCCUCUAAAGAGGGAAAAAAGCCACAUCUGAGACUCUGACACUGCGUAAGUUUCUAUAGAUCUGUGGCCUAGCGUACUAGCUCCGAGUCUCUCUGAUACAGCCAUCCUUAUUGUGUGUGUGUGUGUGUGCGUGCGUGUGUGAGAGAGACAGGGCUGCCCAACCCUGUUCCUGGAGAUGAACCACCCUGUAGGUCUUCAUUUCAACCCUGAUUUGGCACACCUGAUUUUUCUAAUUAGUAGCUCAACAAAAUCUCUAGCUAUAGCAUGAGGAGUGCUUUGUCAGGGUUGAAAUGAACCUACUGGACAGUAGAUCUCCAGGAACAGGGGUGAGCAGCCCUGCCUCUCACUGAGGGCUUCCAGUCCUGAGUGAAUGAGACUUGUAUUUGGCUAUGAGUGAAACCAUUUGUAGCAUUUCCAUUGUAUAUACUCCAUGUUUUUGAUAACCGCAAGGGCAGUGUAUCCUCAAUUGAAGUUCUUUCUUUUGGAGAUUUACCCAGUGUGUGGACCUUUCUUGUUCACCAGGGGGCAAUAAAGAGGCAUCUUUUCUUA